GUCCCCGCCGCCACAGCCGCUGCCCUGGGGCGCCGCUUCCGUUACUCUCCACGGCCGGCUCGCGGGUCCCGCGGGGGCGCCGCGCACACGGCCGGUCGCGUGCGCGCGUGUUUGCCCGCAGAGCCCGCCUUGUUGCGUGACUGAACCACCCGGGACUUUCCGCGGAGGGGCGGGGCUUGCGGGCGGGAUCCCGGAAGGACUACAUUUCCCGUGACGCUCCGCGGCGCCCGACCUCCCGAGAGGCCCCGCGCGCUUUACGCGCCAGCUUCGGCCUCCGCCCGCGAGCGACGGACUAGCGGCGCGGAAUGGAGGGCGCGGGCGAGGCGGCCGUGGAGGGGCACCGCGUGCACCUGCGCCCCGACUCCCUGCGCGGCGCGGCCCCCGGCACGCUGCACCUGCUGCCCUGCGAGGUCCUGGCGAGCCGGCCCGCCCCCGUGCGUCGCUUCUUCACGCCCGCCGUCCGCCGAGGCCCCGACGGACUCCAGGCGUCGUUUCGGGGACGCGGCCUGCGGGGCGAGGAGGUGGCGGUGCCGGCCGGCUUCGCGGGCUACGUCCUGGCGGCCGAGAAGGCAGACGGGCGGCCGGGGUCCGGGGACGCGGAGCGGGCGCCGCUGGAGCGGGACUUGGACCGCUUUCUGGGCGCCACCGCCAGCUUCGGCCGCUUCACGCUGUGGGGCCUGGAGACCGUGCCGGGCCCCGACGCCAAAGUGCGCGGGGCCCUGACUUGGCCGAGCCUCGCGGCCGCGAUUCACGCUCAGGUGGCCGAGGACUGAGAGCCGGAGCCCGUCCCCACCUGCCGACCAGUACGCCCCGCACCGCAGCUGUGCAGAACCCUGGAGGCUCCGCCUACGGAAACGAUUUAUUGCCUGGUGCGGGGGCCGCAGCCAGGGCCACCCCACCCCCACCUUCUACUUUACAAAAGCUAUUUUUACAGUGAAAGUGUCCUGUACAGUUGCCCCCAGCCCCUGCGCACUGCACAAGCCGCCCGGCUCCUCCUGGUCCCUGGUCAGGGCAGGCCGGGCCCGCAGCCAGCUCAGCCUGGGCGCUGACCCGUGGCCCCUGCGGGCCCAGCCCCGUCUGGCGCUGCCCUGCGCGCCUCGCGCGCUGUGCCUGCUGGGGGCGCCGGGUCCCGUGCUCGCCGGCUCCGCGCCCGGAGGUCCGGUCACCACUUCCCCCGCUUGCUCCAGUCCUUGGGGGUGAAGUGCAGACACUUGGAGUCGAUGCGCAGCAGCCGCUUCAGCAUUGCCCGCUCGUGUCCGUCCACGAUGUCCUCGGACAGCGUGAGGAUGUACUGGCCCUGGGCGAGAGAGGGCCCGGCAGGGGUCAGCGCCCGGCCCGCACCGGCUUCCCGACUGCCCGGCCCUGGCCGCCCGCCCCACCUUGUAGUAGUUGAUGAGGUUGAGGUACUGCAGCGUGGAGAUGACGUCCUCCUUCUUGAUGCUGGUGAUCUCGCUGAUCUCACUGCGGGAGGGCAAAGGUCAGGUCUCCGGCGGCCCCGGGGCGGGCACAGCCACGCACCCCCGGGGGCGGCCGGCUCACUUGAUGGUGAUCUGCGGCCGCUCCCCACUCUCGGACUUGAGCCCCAUCAGGAUCUCCAGGAUGGUCUGGGACCAGUAACUGCGAUAGGACAGCAGGCCCAGGUCCGACAGCGGCUUCUCUGGGGUCCCCGUUCUCCCUUCCACCUUGGAGAGCUCAUAGCCUGGAGCAGGGGAGCAGGAGAGGUGGGUAAGCGGUCAGGCAGCGGCAACGCGGCAGGCACAUCCUGCAGCAGGGGGCCGGGUCGGCACCCGCUGCUCCACCCGCUAACCUGCAGCCUGGCGGGUGCAGGCGGACCAGGGACCUGGGGCCCUGCCGCCCAGUGGGGCCCUGCGGAGCUCCAGGCUGCUGGCUUCAGCCUGGCCCGGCCCUGCCUGCUGUGGGCAACUGGGGAGUGAACCCCUGACCACACCUCUCUCUGCCUUUCGAAUAAAAUGAAAAGCAUUUAAGAAUUAGA